GCGAAAUGUAAACAAACCCUUCGCCGCUGCCGCCGAGGAACACAAUGCGAAGACUAUGGAGUGAUAUAGUGACGCCGCCUUACAGAAUCACAUCCAGCUCAUCAUUGCUUCAUUAGACUGAGAGCUUCCAAAAAAUAUGCCGAAAUAAUCUGAGCCAUGAGGUUCAACAUUCCUGUCAAUGUGCUGUGGGUGGCAGGCUGUGGCCCAAGGCAGCUUUCUGUCUGCCUCUCUGGGACUCGACACAUUACCAGAUUUCUUCACCAACAUUUUUACAGCCCUGUUGCUCAUGCAAGCUGCGGUUCAUUCAGCGAGAGAAGGGUUCCACUACUCACAGAAUGUUCCUUAACUCAAGCCAGACAUAGCCUUCCUAAAAGGUGCUAUGCAGUCAGCACGGCGAGUGACAGCGAGGAUGGCAUGAUGAGUGAUUCUGAAUUUGAUGGUAAUGUUUUUUUUAGAAGAAAAUUGCUGGAGAAAGAUCAGUUGGACAGUCUCCGCGUGAACUUGUAUCCUGGCUCAAGUGACCCUGUCAUCAAGAAGAUUAAUGAAGCCAACAGUAUGCAGGAAGUGUUUGACCAAAUAGAGGGGUCAAGGGAGCCUCCAACGGCUGAACAAAUAAGUCAGGCGAUUGUGACUCUUUGGGACCUCCAAAAGGUGUAUGGAAAGUAUGGCUUUGAGUGUUCCAUGAUUACCAAAUGUGAGAUCAAUCAGUUCUUGGAGAAGAUUUUGACUCAUCCGUCCUUUGAAAAGAUUGUGUCAUGCUUGGAGGCAGUCUGUGGAGACUUGAAUAAUAAUGCUCUUUCCUCCAUGAUGCUCUAUCUUAGUAAACUAGGAGUAAGAAAUGAUUCAGCAAUCCAGCAAAAGCUGUCAUUGCUUUGUUUGGAGAGGAUCAGUGACUUCAACCUGACUGCCCUAUCAAGACUUUCUGUGUACCUACGUGAGCAAGGCAUCAGGGGAUACUUUCUGCAGUCAAGAUUGCUUCCUAUGAUUGCAAGAAAGCUUGAUGAUGAUUUAGAUGCUGAUGAGUUUCUCAUGAUAACCAUAUGCCUCAGCAGCUCAAAGAGACUUGUUACAAAGUCCCUCAUAGAAAAGUACAUAGCUUUGAUUGAGAAGAGAAUAAAUGAAGGAUUUUUCAAGACCUGUGACCCAAGAGUAACACUGAAAGCGAUAAAGCUGCUCACCUUUCCAGAGUGGCCCCCGGUGCGCAGACAUGUCCGCCACCUGAUGCAGUGCCUUGAGGAGAACUUCCACGCCCUCAGUGCCAUGCAGGUCUUGGAUCUGAGCAUCUACUUCCAGAGUUACCUGGAGCCCAGCGGGAUAUUCCACAAGAUUCGUCAGUAUUCCGUCAAUUCAAUGGAGGAGGCCAAAAUAACAGGUGGGAGGCCAGACAUACUGUGCAUGGCUCCCUUCACACCCCUGAAGAGUAAGCGCUUCUUUGAGGUACUCAUAGCUGAGCAGCUUGAGCAGAAGGACCUAUAUGAAUACAUAAUGGUUAUUUUCAAAGCUUUGAGGCACAUUAAAACAUCUAACACUAAGCUUUGCGAUGCCUUCUGGAUGAAGUCGAUGACCUCCGUGGAGGAGGAGCUGCAGAGCAGACCCUACCGGCUGGGCCUCCAGGAGAUGGCCCGCAGGAAGGUGUACCAGCGCUACAUGUACUUCAACAACAACCUCGGCGGCACCUACAGGAACUAUGCCCUGGAGAAGGCCCUGACACACCUGCUUCUGGAGGACUUAAAAACCUGCAUGGGGCACUUGCCAAACAAGGUUGCCAACAUGGCUUCCUUUAUCAUCAGUUACUCCUCAAGUGAAGGAAUACCGGAAGAUGUUUACGAAAAAGUCUUACUCUGCGGACCACAGUUCUCAAUAUUUGACACGCUAAUAUUAUCUCGAGGAAUACAGAUUUCCCUGGCCCUCAACCGCAAGAACGUGCAGAGGAAACUGAUGCAGCAGAUCACAACCAUUUGUCGCGUGCUGGACGCCAGAACGGAGGAAUUUUUGAAGUCUGCCUCGUCACUGAUUGACGUCACCAACCUUACGCGAGCCUACCUCAACCGUAAGGGGUCACCGAGGACAUUCACCUUCGACAGGAUCAUGGCUGCGUACCCUCCACUCCUGCAUGAGCUGAAUGCCCGCCACAUAAGAGACAUCUGCCUGAGUUUCAAUAACACAUUGUAUUUGGCGCCAGAUAUUCUUGAGGCUGUUUCUCAGUAUGUCGUGAGCAACCAAGAGUUCCUCCUUGCUGAUACGAUGGACCUGGUGCUGAUGUGCUUCUACAGUCUCGGCUACACUCCUCCCCAUGUAGAUCAGCUCCUGGCCGCCUGCUCAAAUGCCUUCCUGGAGGAGAGGCAUAACUUGAAGGGGCUGAGUGUCCUGCAGAUGUGCCUGGCAAUGAACAUGUACGGCCACCUUCCCUCCGAGGUCAUUCAGAGUGUCUUCAACCUCAAGUUCAUGGACCAGUUGGAUGAAGAAAUUAAGAAGUGCUACUCAAAGGCGACCUACCCGAUGCGCGUCCGUCACCUGCUGAUGGAGCUGAACAGAGCCGUGUGUCUUGAUCACCCCGAGGCAAACAUUCCGUGGUUCCAUGAAAAGUAUUGUGAGGAAUUUCUAGAGACAGUUGCUGUGCCGAUGUCUGUCUUCCACACGGAGGUCUACCAGGCUCUCACGCAGCUCAUAGGAGGACCAGAUGUGCUGAGGGCCAAUGUUCACACAGCCUACUAUUAUCUGUUGGAUUUUGAGUUUGUGUUGGAUGGGAACAGCAAACCCAUGGCGGUCAAGGAUUACACGGACUCCACACCGGGAAGACUCAGAGGCAAAAACAAGGUUGACAUUCAAAACAACCCUGGCCAUAAAAGGGUGGCUGUGGUCCUUCGCCGGGAGAACCACUACUGCACCAACCACCGCCAACUCUUAGGGAGGCACCAAGUGGAGUGUCGCCACCUCGAGCUGAUGGGCUACACUGUGGUGGAGGUCCCACACUUCCUCUGGUACUCCAUGGCACACGCGACGUAUGAGGACAAAGUGCAGUACCUCAGGGAACAGAUAUUUCCCAUUAGAUAAUAGCAUAAUACAUAUCAAUGCAUUUGUGAUCAGUUUAUGUAUCAUCUAUUUUGGGGGGUUUAUAUCAUGGCACAAAUUUGCCCCGUCGCUGCUACCGGGUUAAAUAUGUGACCUUGGGAGCGGAGACGUUUGAGAAUGUGACCCGAUGAAGCUGUUUCCUUGCAUCCUGGAUCUGAGUAAUGCCGCUAAAGUGUGCUGAAGAAAGUUAUUUGUAGUGUUUUCUUAAGAGAAUGUCACUGAUUUUUUUUUCCUUUUGUCGUAAUUGUAUGUAGAUAACUCUGUAAAUUUGUACAUAUUUUUUAUACAGUAUAAUUAUUCCAAGAAGGAGAUAUGAAGCCC